AUGCCGAUCCCAACGCCCGACUUCAAGUCUCAAGAAAGACAAGCCCAGCCCAAUAGCGCAGGCGCUACAUGCUCGACCGGCCAGAAUGAUAUCAGUUCCUUUGCUGCACUGGAGGGUAGUGCCCCUCAUCUUGACACUAGCGUGCGCGACACCUCGGCGUCGCAGAAUGAUCGGAACGAUCGCCCAUUGAGCAAGGAGGAGGCGGAUCGGUUGUAUGAGGAGCGUAUGGAGGAUGAGUACGCGAAGAGGGAGGGUGGUGCAUAG